CCAGAGCUCGCCGAACAGCGACUUGCUGCCCCUUUGGCAUCCCUCUCCAUCACAAGAAUGAGUUCACCUCCGGAGGUCGUGAUCGCAGAGGGCAUCCCGAUCGGCGCCCCCACCGCCCCGGCCCAGGGUUGCACCACCGGAUCCUCCAACGUCCCCGUCGCUGUCGCGCAUCCCAUCGAGGGCCGCCCCGUCGAGCCGCGGAGAAUCGCGCACAUCUUUGAGGCAGAAAUGGGCGCCGCCAAUCCAGCACUCCCGCCACCGGGGGCUCCGCCGGGCGGGCGCUACGCCGAGGCUGCCUUCUUCGGCGGCAACUCGCUCCUGUGCUGCUUCCUUAUGUGCCUGCUCGCGCCACCGCUCGCGCUCCUGGUGCCGUGCUUCCCGUGCGACCGCAUGUGGGUUUACGUGUCACCGGACGGAUCAGCAUGGGACCCUUCUACGGGCAGGCUUGUCGGCUAUUAGUGUGAGUCCGUGCGUGAACGGGCCGAGCCGUGCGCGCAGCUUGCGGCCGUCGCGCGCGAGGUGAGUGCGAUGCUUUCUCCUGCUGUCGUGUGUGCGUUUUCCAUCUUGUGAUAUACUCUUUUGGUGUUUCGAAACACGUGACGCAAACUUC